UGAAUCACAGUUGCUCACCACUAAUAGGCCGGCGAAAAAAAUUGUCUGCAAAUAUUAUUUUCCGUGUAGCUUCAUCCAACGGGGACACCGAAUGCAGCCAUGACCAAGCCGUCGCGCGCACCUUGUUCCCUGGCGCUACUGGCGCUGCUUGUCGCCCCUUUUGCAGUUCUUGCCCAAGAGGAUAAUCCCAGGGAGCCGGACUACAUGAAACGGGAGCACAGUCUAGUGCGUCCAUUCCAAGGCGUUGGCGUGAUACUGCCCCACUGGGACUUUCUGGGCAACACGAUGGUGACCAGCAACUAUAUAAGACUGACGCCCGACUUGCAGUCCAAGAGCGGCGCCCUUUGGAACUACUCGCCCGUGAUGACGCGCAAUUGGGAGUUGCAUGUUGGUUUCAAGGUGCACGGCAAGGGUACUGAACUCUUCGGCGACGGCUUUGCCAUUUGGUACACCAAGGAGCGGAUGAAGACAGGCCCGGUCUUUGGCAGCAAAGAUCACUUCUCCGGGCUGGCCAUCAUCUUAGACACCUACAGCAACCACAAUGGCCCACACAAUCACCAACAUCCAUAUCUCAGUGCCAUGGUUAACAAUGGCAGCUGGAGCUACGACCACGACCGCGACGGAACUCACACUCAGUUAGCCGGCUGCGAAGUUCGCUUCCGUAAUGUGGACUAUGAGACGUUAGUUAGCAUUCGAUACGAGAACGACAUUCUGUCGGUGUCUACAGAUCUGGAGAACCGCAACGAAUGGAAGAGCUGCUUUGUCGUCGCUAACGUGGAGCUGCCCACGGGCUACCACUUUGGCAUGUCGGCUACGACGGGUGAUCUGUCCGACAAUCACGACAUCCACAGCUUCAAGUUCUACGACCUGGACUCCAACCCAAAUCACGAUGAGAUUAUCCGACGCACCAAUAUCAUACCGAAUGCCAAGACUUUCGAGCCACCUCGUGAGCACAAGGAGGAUCCCAAGCCGGGCAUGUCUAACGCCAAAAUCUUCUUCAUCCUCCUGUUCGUGGUAGUCGUGGCGGCAGCAGUGGCCAUCUUUGCUAUCUCCUAUUUCAAGGAUCGCAAUUCUCGAAAACGUUUCUACUGAGCGCUCUAGCGUCUGGUGCUAGUUCGUCAAAGCAUCAUGUUAGGAGUAUCCCGGACCUCAGUUUAUCCCAACUUUUAUUUAUACAACGACUGUACCCCAUUCCUUAUGAUCCUUUUAGUUUCCUUAAUGUUUACGUGUGCAGUUUUUCUUGAGAGGGUAGACAUAAUAUUACACGGGUUAAAGAGUUAAAUUUAAGUGCAAAUUUUUAAUCUGAACUAUAGGAAAAUUGAGACCGUGAAAAUAUUAUUGCAUAGACAAGACUAAAAGCCACCAAACAAA